AUGGCUGCGCGGUCAACGACCCCGGUUUUGGAGGGCGAUGACGUCACGGACCUGACGCUGACCUUGAACGCAAAUUUGGCGGUUGGCGCCCGCCGCGCGUAUUGGCGUAUUGGCGUAGUGAUCAAAGUGAACGUAGACCAAAUACCGUUACGUGCCCGAAUAAUCCAUUCGAAUUUCGAACGUUUGAUCCGACCAGAUGAAAGCGACGAAAUUAAACACGCGGACAGUUCAAAAAAGGAAAAUUGCAUUGUCGAACGGGGAGCGAAAGUAAAAGCCACGCACACACCCGAAUCACAUACACACAGGCCUGACCUUUCCCAACUUAAAUGGACGUCGCCCGAAUACACGGGGUCAAUGACACCGCUGCACCGCUCCGAGGCCAAAUGCAUUCGGCAGGAUCCGAAAAAAAAAGAGAUUACUUUCGCUGAAUGA